AGCCAGGACGAGAACUCAAAGAACAGAGGGAGCUCUGUGGGAGCCGAAGCGACGUCGUUCUGAACGCAGCGGAGAGGUGGGACAGAAAAAAUAACUUAAUAGCAGCAAGGAAGUAAUUCACCACACAGCACCGGAGACAGUGAUUGAUUUACUGGAAACCGUUUUUAGAAGGCAGAAGGUUUCCGUUCGUCUCUGCUACUGUCUGCGGAACCAGUGGCAUCCGCAACAGACGCUAAUCUGUUGCUGCAAGCUGCAUAAUACUUUGGGUGGCCAGGCGUGUCCCCAUGCUCAUGGACCUUUUUGCAGUUCUGUUGCAUCAGUUUUUGCCGUAGGUGACCCCCCACCCCUCCGCCAAAAUCCGGCUGUUAGAUUUGACCUCGAGGUUGAUUAGGAGAAGCCACCAUGUCUUAAGCGCAGACGGGCCCUCAGGAGCCCUGUCCCCCUACCCUGGAACGCCCUCCCCCUCCCCCAUCCAUCACCUCCCCCCAUCUCCCAGCCCCAUCCCGCUCCCGGACCUCCCUGCACAUGCAAAGGAAAGGCUACCCAGCCCCGGCUCCCCGCUGGCACACCCCGCCGGUCCCCCCCCAGAGAUGAGCCUACAGAAGCACCGGCCGCUGGGAGGCGGGGUGAUGGGCUCCGAUCGGGACCUGCAGUCCACUGCGUCGUCCAUCUCGCUGCCCUCUGUGAAGAAGGCCCCGAAGAAGAGGCGCCUCUCCCUGGCCUCUUUCUUCAGGCGGAGAGGUCGGGAGUCCAAAUCGGCGCGCCAAAGGUCCAGAGAGCUCCAGCUCCCUGGACCUUUGGGGCUGGUAGGGGUGGACGGCAUUGCCAUCAUCGAGAGCAUCCACUCUGAGAUGUGUAGCGACAAGAACUCUGCCUUCUUCUCUGUGGCUGGGAACGGCGCUGCCUCCGCUGCUGCUGUCGUCUCCACCUCAUCUGCCUCUGGGCCUUCCUCCUCCUCCAAGUUGGGCGUCGUGGCGGUGGGAGAGCUGCUAGAGUGCCCGCUGUGCCUUCUGCGCCACUCCAGGGAGAGCUUCCCAGACAUCAUGACCUGUCACCACCGCUCCUGCAUCGACUGUCUGCGGCAGUACCUGCGCAUCGAGAUCUCGGAGUCACGCGUCAACAUCAGCUGCCCCGAGUGCUCUGAGCGCUACAACCCGCACGACAUCCACAUGAUCCUGGGCGAACGGGCGCUCAUGGACAAAUACGAGGAGUUCAUGCUUAGGAGGUGGCUGGUGGCCGACCCCGACUGCCGCUGGUGCCCCGCGCCGGACUGUGGGUACGCAGUGAUUGCUUUCGGCUGCGCCAGCUGUCCCAAGAUCACGUGCGGCAGGGAGGGCUGCGACACAGAGUUCUGUUACCACUGCAAGCAGCUGUGGCAUCCCAACCAGACGUGUGACGCGGCGCGACAGCAGAGAGCCCAGAGCCUCCGUCUGAGGACGGUCCGCUCGUCCUCUCUCAGCUACAGCCAGGAGAGCGGCGCCGCAGCCGACGACAUCAAGCCGUGUCCGCGCUGUGCCGCUUACAUCAUCAAGAUGAACGACGGCAGCUGUAACCACAUGACCUGCGCUGUCUGCGGCUGCGAGUUCUGCUGGCUCUGCAUGAAGGAGAUCUCGGACCUGCACUACCUGAGUCCGUCAGGGUGUACUUUCUGGGGGAAGAAGCCAUGGAGCAGGAAGAAGAAGAUCCUUUGGCAGCUGGGAACGCUUGUGGGAGCGCCAGUCGGCAUUGCGCUCAUCGCGGGCAUAGCCAUCCCCGCCAUGAUCAUCGGCAUCCCAGUGUAUGUGGGGAGGAAGAUCCACAACCGCUAUGAAGGCAAAGAUAUCUCCAACCACAAGAGGAACCUGGUGAUCGCCGGUGGAGUCACCCUCUCUGUCAUCGUGUCUCCGGUGGUGGCUGCAGUCACUGUCGGCGUGGGUGUUCCCAUCAUGCUGGCGUACGUCUAUGGCGUGGUGCCCAUCUCGCUGUGCCGUAGCGGAGGCUGCGGCGUCUCUGCUGGGAACGGAAAAGGUGUCCGCAUAGAAUUUGAUGACGAAAACGACAUGAAUGUCGGCAGCGGGGUGGCUGCCACCGAUACUACAUCGGUGGCUGACGCCAGGAACAACCCCAGCAUCGGUGAAGGCAGCGUCGGGGGGCUGACGGGCAGCCUGAGUGCCAGCGGCAGCCACAUGGACCGCCUGGGGGCCAUCAGGGACAACCUGAGCGAGACUGCCUCCACAAUGGCCCUGGCGGGGGCCAGCAUCACUGGCAGCCUGUCGGGCAGCGCCAUGGUCAACUACUUAAACAGGCUGGAGGUGCAGGCCGAUGUGCAGAAGGAGCGCUGCAGUCUGAGCGGCGAGUCUGGCACCAUCAGCCUGGGCACAAUUAGCGACAACGCUAGCACCAAAGCCAUGGCUGGAUCCAUUCUCAACGCCUACAUGCCCCUCGACAGGGAUGGUAACAGUAUGGAAGUCCAGGUUGACAUUGAAUCCAAACCCGGUAAACUGCGGCACCACAGCGGCAGCAGCAGCGUGGACGACUGCGCCCACGCCGCCCGUUGCGGCUGGACCUGCCCCUCCGCCGGCUGCACUUCCUCGGAAGGCAAGGGACCCGCCGCCAAGUGGGCCAAAGAGGCGUCCUGCUCCUCCUCCUGCGGCUCCGGGGGCAAAAAGAGCAAAGGAAAGCUGCGCAAGAAAGGCGGUGCCGGGGGUACCAAGAUAAACGAGACGCGCGAGGACAUGGACGCCCAGCUGCUGGAGCAGCGCAGCACCAACUCCUCCGAGUUCGACUCCCCGUCGCUGAGCGGCAGCCUGCCGUCCGUGGCCGACUCCCACUCCAGCCACUUCUCCGAGUUCAGCUGCUCCGACCUGGAGAGCAUGAAGACGUCGUGCAGCCACGGCUCAGGGGGGGGCGACUACCACACUCGCUUUGCCACCGUCAGCCCGCUUCCUGAGGUGGAGAACGACCGCCUGGAGAGCUGCCCCGCCUCCUCGUCCUCCUCGCAGGGUCACGGCGGUGUCGUCGGGCCCCACUCCCCCACCUCCUCCUCCCUGGGCCAGGGGGCGGAGCUUUCCCCUCCCUCGAUCAUCACAGCGGAGAAUGUCAACCUGGUGUGCCCAGCUGAGCUGGACUCUCACAGCAACACCAGAGAGCUGCUAAAGGAAAACAACAACAACAACCACCACCAAGCACUAGGCCCGCCCCAGCAGCAGCAGCAGCCGCCUAAGAACUCCUGCAUACAGACGGACAUCUGACAUCUCAAUGCCUUAAGUGCUGCACAGAUGCGUUUCCUCCGCUCAGCUUUAAGUUCCACCUGCGUUUUCUUAUUGUGCCCAGAGUAAAAAAGUAUGGAAGUAACAUUGAGGUUGUGAACGCUGGUGUUCUUCUCCCGGUGCUGCCCAACGCUCAUUUUUCUCCUUCUUCUUUCGUUCGCUCACAUGUAACGGACACAGCCCUCUGAUUGGCUCGCUGUCCCGUCCGUGUGCAUGGGUGUUUCGACAAAACCACUGUGCCCUUUUUUGCUACUAUUUGAUAUGAUUUUUUUGGGCUCUCCGAAUUGAAUUCAACACCAUGCGGGAAUCUUAAUGUUCCAGCUUUCCAGAAGUCAACUCAAAAAAAGGGUCCAGGCAAUAUGAUUUACUCUUCACUCUUUCCGUUUCAUUUAUUUUUCCCAUCCAAAUAUAUUAGUAACAGAGGAAUCUUUGUAUUCUUAUCUGUAUUUAUGAUUAGACCUCCCUCCCGCCCCACAUGUUUCUUUGAUAUGAAACGGUAGAAUUGUCCUGGGUUUGUCAUUUUAGCGCUAAAACUGGCUCGGGCCACAGAUGAUGGGGAUCACAUCUUAUCAGCUAGAGUCUACAGUGGCUGAUGUUGCCCCAAACGCUAAGAGGACUUAGUCAGGUUUCUGUGUUAAUGUGUUAAGGGGGGGGGGGUGGUGGGAGAGGACUUGAUUUUGAGAAAGUGGUCUCUGGAAGGCCAUGGUUUUCAAAGCUAAUGCUGAAACUCAUAGUAACAAAUUAACCAAUGGGUUGGCUCAAUUCUGUGAAAUUGUAUAAAAGAAAAACAUGUUUUUGUCCUGUUUAAAGGUGAUUUAUUGGGGCUGAUGGCCUCGCCGAGCUAGAGGGCUCUGAUAUCUUUCUUCGUUAACUCAUGGUGCCUUCUUACAAGCCGUUUGUGUUCUCUGCGUUUGUCUCUCUCUCCACUGUGUCUUCAAGACUCAUAAUAGGUUGCAAAACGUCUCGUCUGUGUAGGAGGGACACACACACACACACACACACACACACACACACACCAUUCAUACUGUGGUAGACAUGGAAAAUGAAGACUUUUCAAUUGCCUACCAAAGACAGCACUCAGGCUCUUGUUAGAUUUUAUACCGUGGACACAGUAUAGCGCGUCCUUUGGUCCACUGCAGAGGACGGCUGAUGGCCGCACCCAAGACUAGACCCGGGACUCCGUUACAUAUGGGCCCGUUUUUCCACACGCUACUCCACUAACCGAGGCCGACCCCGAGGCACCUGUACUGUUACCUGUAUUUCUUCUAACAUCGACGUUCUGCAAUGCACACUGGUUACUAUGGAUACGUGGGUCGGUUCUGGGUUCCCUCUUCUUGUUGAUUUGGCCAGUCGGUGCUGCUUGGCAGACGUGUACUCUAAACCUAAUGGAAGCACCCCGAAGGGUAUUUUGUCUUUUCGAAUGAUCACGUUUAUUCCUUCCCCAUAUUCAAAUCAAAACAUUUUCGUUCCGUUAUCUGGUUUGGUUUCUCGGUUCUUCACCAAGACUCCAGUUUCUUGAUCUUAAUUGGAACACUAGUGCCAGAUAUAAUUUGUAAUUCCUGCCGAAUGGGGAAAGGUAUUUGUAUAUUUGUUUGGUAAUUCCUUUACUUUAUGCGUGUAUAUGCAUAUCAGAAAAAUAAAAAAAUCUAUAUGAAA